AUGACGACAUCGGAGGAAUGGCAGAAGAUGCUCAAUGGUGAGCUCUACAGUGCUUGGGAUGCAGACCUUCAGGCCAAUCGACAACGCUGCAAAGAAGCAUGCGACAGAUUCAAUCAAGCUGGUCCAGUCACUCGGCGUCGCAGAGUGGAACUUUGGCGGGACAUCCUAGGUGAUACGCGUCCUCUGCCUCCAGCCCACCCCAAUUCCCAGGAGGAUGAGAAGCUUUUCGAGGAUACAGAUCCCUUUGUGGAGCCUCCCAUCUCGGUGGAUUACGGCUUGAACUUCAAGGUUGGCAAGAAGACCUUUCUGAACUUCAACCUUAUUGUCCUGGACACAUGUCUCGUGACAAUAGGUGAAAGGGUGCUUGUCGGUCCCAAUCUUUGUAUCUACGGGUCCACUCAUCCCCUGGACCCAUCUGUGCGACGGGGUCUGGAGGGCCCAGAAGCUGGCAAGGAAGUGCAUAUCGAAGAUGAUGUCUGGAUAGGAGGCAGUGUAAUCAUCUUAGCCGGAAGCGUUCCUCCCUUCCAUUUUGUUGCCGGAAACCCAGCACGCAUCAUUCGCCGGGUCGAAACGAGCAUGGAUCCCGAUCAGCGCAGAGAAAGUCAGCCCGCGUGA